GACUUCUCGGUCGCUUUCGGCUUCCGGCCUGCCAGCCAUGGGGACCGCUCCGGGCAAUUUUCUUUCUCCGAUGUCACUCUAUCGCGAACCACCACGCUUCUGCCUCACGAUCGCUGUGAAUGAACACAUUCCUUAACAUGCUUCUGGAGAGGUCGCGGUGCAGGCGGUAGUGGAUUCCCUUUCGCAGUGUCACAUUCAGCGCCACUUCCUCGAACAAUCGCAUUGGCCUCCGAGCAGAUUCAUUCCCCACACAUGCUACGACACCGGAUCCUCUUCAUUGACGCAUACGAUUCGUUCUCAAACUCGAUAGUCGCACUACUUCAAGCCGAAUUACCGGUCACUGUUGAAAGCAUCAAGAUCGACGAUGCUCGCUUUGUCCUCAACGACGAAGCGUUCUUCGAUCAUCUAGAUGGCUUCGACGCAGUAGUCGCAGGUCCUGGUCCCGGUCAUCCUGCCAACGCCAAAGACGUUGGCUUGAUUGGGAAGCUAUGGUGUCUACCUGAGGAGCACCUGCUCCCCGUCUUGGGAAUAUGCCUUGGUUUCCAAAGCCUCUGCCUAGCAUCUGGCGCCAAGGUUGAGCGACUCAAGGAGCCCAGACAUGGCAUCAUGACUAUGGUAGGCCACUGCCACCAAGACAUAUAUGCUGACACCGGUCGAGUUGUUGCCACUCAGUAUCACUCUCUGCACGUCACGCUUGGACAGAAGAGUUCUGUGGACGAUUGGGGAUCGUCGAGCCAGUGGGAGAAGUCGGAGAAAUGCCCAGAACUCGUACCACUAUCUUGGACCUCGAUGAGUCUUCCAAAUGGGCCUACUCUGAUGGGUGUACGGCAUGAGCGUAAGCCAUUCUGGGGCGUUCAGUAUCAUCCCGAGUCCAUCUGCACCAAUAGCGAAGGCCAUAAAUUGAUGAAGAACUGGUGGGACAAGGCUUGCGAAUGGCGGAGUCAGAACCGCGCAGUAAGGCCAGUGCAACAACUUGUCACAGAACCUUCAACCAAAGUUUAUGACGAAAAGCCUCUGCAGUCUUCCCCAGCGGUGCAGUGGACUCAAAUGGACUUCGAACAGCUACCAAAUUUGGCCUUGAUAAUGGAGAUGCUGCAGGAACAAGGCGUUUGCGAACAACCAUUGUUGCUCGAGUCGGGCACUCGCAACGGCAAACCAGUGAAUGCGGAGACAGGACGCUUCAGUAUCAUUGGCCUUCCUUCAGCAUCUUCCAAGCAGUAUCGAUUUUCCACUCUUGAUCGCUACAUGGAAGUGGCUAGCAACGGAAAAGUGGAACAAAUACCGCUUCAACGCGUCACAGAUGCAUUUGCACGUAUCGAAGAUAUUAUGCUGUCAAACAAGACAACGAGCGGCCCUCCUAAAUCUCCGUUCUGGGGCGGACUGAUUGGCUUCAUUUCAUACGAGGCGGGCCUGCAGAGCAUAGACGUAUCAGCAGUCGGUGCCAACCGCACACAUCCUGAUCUCUGGUUUGUGAUGGCAGAGCGAAGCAUCGUUCUGGACCACGUCGAACAUGUGGCUUACUUGCAGACGGUUCGUACCUCCGAUGACGAAUGGCUGCGAGCUACUCAGUCUCUCAUUGUGCGACUCACCGAGAUACCAACCAGUAAUGGCCGGUCACGAGGAGAGAAGCUGGUAGCACAUUUGACAGACGGACCUGAAAAACAGGAGUACUGCCAAAAGGUAUUGGACUGCCAAGCAAACCUCAGAGCUGGCGAAUCCUACGAGCUGUGCUUGACCGAUCAAUCCACACUUCGCACUUCUGCCGAACCAUGGACCAUGUAUCGACAGCUCCGCGACCGCAACCCAGCUCCUUUCAGCACCUUCAUGCGUUUGCAACAGAACGAAGGACCUGGCAUAUCCAUUGUUGGCAGUAGUCCAGAGCGUUUCCUGUCAUGGUCUCGCAGCGGUAAAUGCCAGUUUCGGCCGAUCAAGGGAACAGUCAAGAAAACUCCUGACGUGACUCGCGCCAAAGCAGAAGAGCUUCUGGCUUCUCCGAAAGAGCGCGCUGAGAAUCUCAUGAUUGUCGAUCUGAUUCGCCAUGAUUUGGCAGGCGUGAAAGGCAUUGCUAAGGUGGAUGUUCCGAAGCUCAUGUCGGUUGAAGAGUAUCAGACCGUGUUCCAACUUGUAUCUGUGAUCGAGGGCACUGUCGAAGGAGGUUCUGGAAUCUCAGCUCUUGCUGCCUCGCUACCACCUGGCUCUAUGACUGGUGCUCCAAAGAAGCGAUCCUGCGAAUUGCUCUCUGAGAUUGAAGGCGGCAAGCCUCGAGGCCUGUACAGCGGUGUUCUCGGCUACUUUGAUGUCGGCGGUGGCGGUGACUUCUCGGUCGUAAUACGUACCGCCUUCAAAUGGGACGAUGAGGGUGAUGAUUGGCAUGUUGGUGCUGGAGGCGCGAUCACCGCGCUGAGUGACCCAGAGGCGGAAUGGGAGGAAAUGCUGACGAAGCGCGAAAGCGUUCUCACGGCGCUCCUGUGAUGUGUUUGUUGUUCUUUAUAGAAUUGUUCCUCCAUAGAUUUCACUAUACCCCGAAUUCAACUUCGUAAGCUACUUUCUGCCGUGUGACUUGUCAGAGACGGGUAUCCUUAUCCCUUCGCUGAAUGUUCCCUUUUCUCGCAGCCUUGAAGCUCUUCACCCAUUCAGCGCUGGCUCUGUUGCCCUCUAACUUGCACAAGAUGGCCAAUGCCACAGCGAAUUCUUCUGUGUGUCACCUCCGUCGUCAAGCGCGAAGGGGCUGUCUGCAGAAUGGCGUGGGUAUCUCACGCUGAUAGAGACAGCCUUCAGAGCCAACAGCUGGUAGUGUGCGACGCGCUUGUGGAUUUUCCUUCGCCGUCGUGUUUCGUCGAGCGCUGCGUGAUCCUAUUCUGGUGACCGAAACAGAGCGCUAGGCAGGGGAGGUCGGAUCCGGUAUGGCGUUUCUCUCAAAAUGAAGAGAGGCGGAAGUUCGUGCGCGGUCAAGCCAGUGGCGGCUCUGGAGUCGACUGGAUGUCGAACGCUCUGAGUUCGACGUGAGCGAGCAGUCGAAUCUUGGACUGCUGAGCGCGAAGAUGAGCUGGAGUUGGCUGCCUUUAGCCAUGAGCGUUAUCGCCUUCGCAGUGGUUGUCUCGUAUGUCCAUUGGACCAUUACCUCCCUGUGCGCUUCGAGAUCAAGCAGAGCCGAAGAUCGACGCCAAGUUCUGUUUGGUAAUCUGCUGCUGAAUGAGCCGAGCGCUGUGAAGAGUGCUGUGAAGAGCGCGGUGGAUGCGCUCGAGCGCAACGUGGGUCUGCGAUCGUCAUGCCAUCGUAGGCUUGGACAUUGAGGCGAUUCCCCUGUGUGUACUGACGUCGAAGUCGUAGAGCGCGCCCGAAUAAGGUAGCCGGCUCAUGUAGAGUGCUCGUGCUGUGAGUAUUCUCCGCGGGUAACGCACUGUCGGAGUCGUUGUGGCAUCAAAGGUGAAAGCUGCGGAGACCGAGAGGCUCGUCGCUGCUCGCUCGGUCAUAUCGUCCGCUAAGCUGCUCGAACAGCGAACGUCCAGUGUUCGAAUGCUCUCUACACGCCCACAACCUCGCGCAGCUAUGCUCAGCUAGAUAGGAGGUGCAUCUCAUGGUUCUUCCAGACUUUUCCAGCGGGUGGAAAGUAUUCUGCGGGUGUUGUUGCGUGUGGUGCUGCCUUCGAGGCAAAAUUGUUCGGCGUUUAAGCACUUCGUGGCCGCGAAUCCACGUCCAGCCAAGCUGAAUAGAAGUCGCUAAAACAUGCAAAAUUCCACCACAACAUCAAUACAAGGUAUCAAGUGCCGAUGCGCAUGUGCUGAAGAUGCCAUCAGCUUGGCGAUGCUUUUCCUUCAAUGCGAAAUGUUCCAUCGGUGUUGUGGAGAUUGCAAUCGAUGUCGAGGCAAAAGUAUUGCUGUUCAGCCGUGCCCUGAAUUGGCUGGUCCCCUCUGCCAAACUGCCUCUGUACUUGCCGUUGGUGCCAAGCGAGUAGACAAAAAGUAACGAUCCUUCGCAUUGGCCCGUCUCUUGUGUGGUGGACGCACAGAGAAGAUGGGACAGGAGGAGAAAAAAAAUCAGAGCACCGUAGAGCUAAGCUCUCGGACACAAGCCACCGUUUCGAACCGAUGACUUGCGGAUGGAUGAUCGAUCUGUGACCGAGUUAGUCCCGCACUGGGCGAAUGUUAUGCUGUACAUGGACGUCACGUUAGCGGCGGCGAAAUUCCCCCUCUUGCUACUCUACCACUAGGCCAAAUCCUCUCAGCCGAGAGUGAGAGGUACCAUGUCGUAUGGCGACCUGGUGGUAGAGCACAGUAAGCAGAAAAUCUUAGCAAAUAUAUCCUUUCAUCAGCCAGUUUCCCUCCCAUGGUAGCAACUCGCCACAACCGCAACACCACAACAAGAU